ACAACAAAUAAAAUGAAUCUUAGUUUUAGAAAAUUGUUAGCUGUUAGCUGUAUGGGUAUCAAUCAGGUGUAAAACAAAGAACAAUUUUCUUUUCCUUGAAAAAUGUCUGUUGUCAGAUCAGUUUUCCGUGCAAACAAAUAGAAUUAAAAUAAAAUCCCCCAAAAUCAAAAUUUAUGUAUAGUCAACAUUUUUUUUUUGGGUCCUAGCAAUGACAACCAGCCCAAACUUUGCCGACGUGAAUGAUGGCGAACUGCCAAAGCUGGAGCCGAUUAUCAAUGCCUUGAAGUGCGAGCAGACGGGUCACAUCAUGGAGGCAAUCCUGCUCUACGAGGAGAGCAUCUCCGAGAUGUCCCAAAUGGCCGAAGCAGAGCCGAGUCGCCGCCAGCUGUGUGGGAAAUACUUGAGGAUGUACGAGGCGCGGGCCAAACAGCUGAGGGAGCAGGUGAAGGGUCACUUGCACACCAGCCGAAUGUUGGACCACAUCACCAUCGAGCGGGGUGCCAGGGGCAGGAGCUACCAGCGGUUGUUUGGCCCGUAUCUGGACGAUGGCGUCCGGGAGGCCCAUCUCAACGAGCCUCAUCUCACGGAGCCACCUCACUUUAGGAAUCUGAUCAACUUCAUUGAGGUGCUGGUCAAGAACUGUCGCUAUCUGAAGUACAUUCGCUUGACCACACAACCCGAUGCGGUGGCGCCCACGAAUCAGCUGCAAGUGCUACAGCAAAUAAAGAACGACCUGGCCGGUGGCAACAUCCAGAUGAACUUCCAGAUGGACGACAGCCUGCAGGAUCGCAAGAUUGUGCUCAGCUCGGGAGUGGUUAUCAAGGUUGGCAGAGGCCUCCACUACUUUGAGCCCGUGGAGGGUUCUUACAGUCUGGGCCUCUGCGAUUUCGAUUUCCGCAAGUGCCUGGCCACCGAGGUGGACAUCUGGAAGUGUCGGGCAUUUGCCAAGCGUUUAAGGGACUCGGAGGAGGGCGAUUACCAGGCCGCAAGGGAGGAUCGACCGGAGCCACAUGCCUACUCCAGCGAUUAGCAAGGCUGAGAGCGAGAUUUACCCACGGCCUGUUGAAAUUAGGUCAGUCUUAUCUGAGCAUUACUACACAUCAAUAAAAGCAGCAGUUCGUUAAUCUCUUAGCCGACUGAAUGGGCGGCAACCGAA